AAAGACCUCAGCGCCGUCCUGCACAGCACCCCAUGACAAGCUCCGAAGUGUGGCAAGUGGUCAAGGGUGACAGCGACAAGGAAACGACGCCAGGAAGCUCCCCGAGGACCGGUAGGAUGCAAGAGGAUUCGGAGGAUGAGUUCAUUUGCCAUGUGGUGGUGAAAAGCACCUUCAUUGAGGUGACCAAUGGCUCCAGCAUGAUGCAGCGUUUCAAGAAGUUCCGAAAGUCUAAGACGGACUCAGCUUUACAAGAUUUCACUGAGGAGGAGAUCGUCCUGUCUGAUCUGAAGCUGGAGAAACAGGAAGUGCCAAAGGAUGAACCACUUCCGAAACCUGCAGAGAGACCUGCUGCCAGGACGGGCUGCCCAAAGACUACGGUCAUGAUGCGGAACAUCCCAAACAACUACACCAGGAAGAUGUUCUUGGAGCUUCUCAACAAGCAUGGAUUGCAAUCGUGUUAUGACUUCAUUUACUUGCCUUACGACUUCCAGCGGGAUUCCAACCUUGGUUAUGCAUUCGUGAACCUGCGGGAAGACGCAGUAGAGAUGUUUUGGAGAACCUUUGACGGAUUCUCGCAAUGGUCGUUGCCUUCUUCAAAGGUGUGCAAAGUCACCUGGAGCGGGCCUCACCAGGGUUUUGAAGCUCAUGUGGAACGAUAUCGCAACAGUCCCGUAAUGCACAGGAGCGUGCCCGAGGAAUACAAGCCCCUGAUUUUUUCCGAAGGGACGUCAAUUCCCUUCCCUCCACCAACACGGCGGUUGAAAGCACCAACCACUCGAUGAGGUGGUAUUUUUGUCAUGUACAGUAUAGCUAGGGAAGCAGGUCAAGCGCCGGCAAGCACAGCGGCCCCACAGAACCUAUGAGGUCUGGCAGAAAAGCAGGGGUCUGACGUGACGCCCUUGGCUUUUGAACCUUUGUGGCAGUGUCCUGCUUGAUCAAUCACGUUUGUUUCAACCGGGUGAAACACUUCAAAAC